CGGGUGGCUGGCACCAUGAAAAUCUGGACUUCCGAGCACGUCUUUGACCACCCAUGGGAAACGGUCACCACGGCUGCAAUGCAGAAAUACCCAAACCCCAUGAAUCCAAGCGUGGUUGGCGUUGACGUGUUGGACAGACAUGUCGAUCCCUCUGGAAAGCUGCACAGCCACAGGCUCCUCAGCACAGAGUGGGGCCUGCCUUCCAUUGUGAAGUCUCUCAUUGGUGCAGCAAGAAGGAAAACAUACGUGCAGGAACAUUCUGUAGUUGACCCGGUAAAGAAGACCUUGGAGCUCAGGUCCACCAACAUCUCAUUUACAAAUAUGGUCUCAGUGGACGAGAGGCUCACAUACAAGCCGCACCCCCAGCACCCAGAGAAAACUGUCCUGACCCAGGAAGCCAUCAUCACCGUGAAAGGGAUCAGCCUCAGCAGCUACCUUGAAGGACUUAUGGCAAGCACCAUAUCUCCCAACGCUAACAAAGGCCGACAAGCAAUGGAAUGGGUGAUCCAUAAACUGAACGCCAAGAUUGAAGAACUGACAGCAUCAGCCAGAGGAAGCAUAAGGACCCCAAUGGCGGCCGCAGCAGCGUUGGUGGAAAAAUGACAAUGGAAAUUGGUGUGCAGCUGCAGGGCCCCAGGACUCUUCAAGCUGACAUCAUAUUUAUUUGUUAUUUAAAAGAAUAUAGCUACUUUAGGUAGAUUUAUUAUUAUUAUUUUAAUAAGCUGGGGAAAGGCUGUGACUUUUGAUCAGAACC